CUCUUCUCAUUGGUGGGCUCCGGGGCGGCGGCUGAGAUCUCUCCUCUCAUUGGUGGACUCCGGGGCUGCCCCGACCCGACAGCGGGUGUCUCACGGAGGGAGCUUUCCUCCCCGGGUCCUCAUCCCCUGCUCUCUAGAGGGGCUCUCCCUUCCAGAAGGACCCCUCGUCCGCCCCAAGGCCUCCCUUCCCCAGCUGAGGCUCCCCAAAGGCCCGUCAGCUACGGGCUCCCACGGGUAGGACAUCGCGGGGGGACGUCGCCACCUGCUGGUCGGUCACCCACACGGUUGUCUUUUCUCCGGAGAAGGCGCCCCUCCGCGGGGGAGUCCGAAAUAAUGAGGAGCGGGGGAAGGGCACACUCCGCCCCCGCAGUCAGGUCGCAGGCCGCCGCUCCAGGGCCGCGGUGGCGGCGGGGACGGGGCGCGACGUCUCACAGGGAGCGGGAGACUGUGUCCCCUCCCGAGACUCUCCCGUCCCCGCUAACUGGCGGCCUCGUUCUCAGGCCCGGCGCCGAUUGGACGCGCCUCACGUCAGGAAGCCGGCUCCCGUUCGAGCUCCAAACUCGGCUCUUCCCCGGGCCUUCGCUUAAUGGUCGAUGGAGCUCACUCAUCCCGCCUCCAGGGACAAGCGGCCAAUCGAGUGCCGAGACAAUGUUAGGGCUCGCGUGCCGUGAUGCUUACGGUGGCCGGGACGGACGCCCGCCAAACAUCGCGAGAAUAACGCAGCUUCUCCUAUUGGACGCGCCCCGGCCCGGCCCCGUCCUCGCCUCCAAAAGCGGAAAAGCUUGGAUGCUAUGGCCGGGCGUUCGCCCCUCAGCGGCGAUGGGCCUCUGGCCGAGGCCCACGCGCACUUCUUGCGGGGCGAACACGACCAGGCCGAGGCACUCUAUUCGGCCUACAUUCGCCAGUGCGCCUGCGCAGACGGGGGACCGCGCACCGCCCCCCCGCGCUCCCGGGAGGACCUGGCCGCCGCCUACAACAACAGGGGCCAGAUCAAGUACCUCCGCGUGGACUUUGACGACGCCGUGGCCGACUACACGGCCGCCAUCGCCGCGCUGCCCCAGUACGAGGUCCCCUACUACAACCGAGGCCUGAUAUCCUACAGGAUGGGACAAUUUGACGAAGCUGUGGAAGAUUUCCAGAAAGUGUUAGACUUGAAUCCUGGCUUUCGAGAUGCUUCGCUGAGCUUAAAACAGACGCUUCUAGAUAAGGAAGAAAAACAAAAGAGGAAUUGUUAAAAACUCUCCCCAAAUUAAACAUUGUUGGCUUUUUUCCCUUCUAA